GGUUCAAGUUUUCGAGUCACCUUACUCCGGGCGGGAUUUGUGAAUGAACGACUUCUCGUGAAUCCCAUUGUGAAAGUAUUUGAUAAGGACAACAUUCGUAUAGGCCUACGGUAGAUUUCCUUUAUUCAUUAUGGCUGCCGCCGAACAUUCACCUAAAUGGAAGAACCCGUCUGAUGUGAUGAAGGUUCGAAGUAUCAAACGGCGAACGCUAGCUCGAAGAAAAACUAUCCACGACCCCACUGAACUGUCUUCUGCAUUGCUGAGCUCGAGACCGUCAAGUGAUCGUCCCGUCACCAAGAGGAAAAACCCCUUUGGCUGCAAAACUGACAACAAAAGACCGAAUCAUGGAAAUACUAAUAAAGAGGAUCCCAGAGAACUUUUUAAGGCUUUGGAUGUUAUGAACGAGAGAGUGAAUGAGGCGCUGACUUGUGAGCAUGGCAGCGAACAAGUCCAACACCCUGAGUCUGACAUUAGUGAUGGCGUGAGAAGCCUAGUCAACAUUGAAGAUGGGCCGAAGUGGCAGAGCAGUGAGCCACAAACAGACAUUACGAGUGAACGUCCGCCUGACACCAAGUUGUCCGAGUUUGUUGCUAACCAUUCCCCUGUGAUGAUGGACCCCACACCCCACAACAUACAGUGUCCUGCUCCCCCUCGGGUACAGAGUCACAAGCACUUGCCACUGGACUGGAGUCUGAAGGUGAAGAUGAGGAUUGUGUCGGAGGCGUCACUGUCGUGGUGUACCCAGCUGAAGAUGAAUGAGGAGGCGCGGGCUGUUAGCCAGCAUGUACAGAUGCAGCACCAGUGGCCCGGUGAUGCUGACCGCUGCUCCACCUUCCACAGCUGCUGUCUGUACUGGGUGCACCCUAACAUCCCCUGGGUGAAGCCCUUCCCACGCAUUGUAGCAGAACAGAAGAUCAGCAAUGUCAGUAUUGUGGGAUCCAACGACGAAGCCACAGUUGCCCUGCACAGAGACUGGACGGAGAGCUUGACAUCCGUGUUCCACCUACUGAGAGCCGGGAAAUGCCCAUAUUUCUAUCUGUGCACUCAUCAGUUCACGGUGGUGUUCCGUGCUGCAGGGGUCAGCAGUCAGACUAACAUCAACGCUUGUCUCACACCGACAACCCGUGGUCUGAGGGAGGCAUUCAAGCAAGACGGCAUCAGUUUCCGGAUGCCCAACUUGGAGGGGAAGAAGCUAGAAUUGUCUCCUGAGAGAGGCUCUGCUCUCGAGUCUGACCAGAACACAGACCCAGCAGCGGUGCCACAACCCCCACAGCCAUCAGGUCCCCAUAAGACUGCCUGCAGCUAUGAUGACGAGGAUGAUGAUCUGAUUGACAAUGAUGAAGGUGCAUCUGUGUGGUUGGAGAGCAUGGGCCUCGACAAAAAGAGCUUCCCCUCACUCGACCCGAACAAGGUCAAACUUCAGCGUGAAGGAUUCCGGCGUGUAGACAACAGGCCUGAGUCCCUGGUGUACGUGGAAGGUGCUGACGUCCAGGCGAUGUUCAACUUUCUCCUCAACUGCCGGAGCUGCACCGCCACCAGUGGUCCCCAGGCCGGCAUCCCCCCAACCAUCCUUGCUCCCACGGCAUUCAAAGGAGCCACACUCAAACCUAAUAAACUGAAGCACUCGGUGGCCAAACAGACAGAUGCUUCAGGGAAUUUCCAGAAAGGCCAUGUUAUAGAAAUGUCCGGACCCAUCCUCCCUCACCAUGUGCUCAACGUGUCUCACCUCCUGCGUGAUCUCCAAAAGGAGGAUUUCACCUUGACCUUCAACACACAUGAACCUACAGCAGCUCUGAACCUGAGGGGCGCCAUGUUUCGGAGUGAUUCAUGUAAGGAAGUGGAAGAGUCCGGCUUACACCCUGCAGCCCAGGAGACUCUGUCUGGCCCCGUCACCCUGCAGGACAACACCGUGUAUAAGGAGGUGACCAGCACUCAACAUGGCUUCAACUUCAACUUGUGAAGUUUUGUUGUCUUUUUGACAGGACCUAAUAGGUUCCAGAUCUAGAUGCCCUUGAGACUGGCAUUAGCAGUUAAGAUUGGUGAAGCAUUUGUCAUCUAGUGAUGUCUCGGUGAAGCUUGGGGCAUCUCAUUGAAGUUUGGGACCGCCUUUGUGGUCUAGUCAUAGAACGUCUACCCGGAGAGCAGAAGGUCCGUGGUUCGAUCCCCAGCCGUGUCAUACCAAAAGACAUUAAAAGAUGGUACUUGUUGUUACCCUGUCUGGCGCUUGGCAUUAAGGGGCUAAAACAAGGACUCGUCGGC